CAGUAGCUUCGCUGUUUAUAUGUGUGACAACAGCUAUGUAGGCAUUUUAGUUUCUGAAGGCUUUUUGAGCGGUUAUCAGUUUAUUUUUUGCCACUGGGCAGAUUGGAAUAGCACUGUUUUGUCCAGAAAUGGGUUAGUUAACGGAACGUCACUGUUCUAAACGAGGCAGUCACUCACACUGUCAGUCAGAGUGGGCGGCUGGUCUGACUAAAACAUUGAUUGAGCAAUUUUAAAAAUUUGAAAACUGAGAAUCUAUGAUUGAAAAUAACACAUAUAAGCUGUAAAUACUGGUCCAGGCUGUUGUGGCAAUGACCAGUCCCAUGGAAGUCCUUCAGCCAGUCACCCCACCGUGGCCAUGAACUCGGUGUCCCCCAGCGCAGCUCAGUACCUGGGGGGUGCCAUGCAGGAAGAGGUGCUGGCCUCACACCCUGAGACCCGAAGGCCACCAGCCCAGGACCCCAGAGGCCACUUUGGUCAUGGGGCAGGGCCUGACGGGGGUCGUGAUGGAGUAGCAGAGCCUGAUGAGGUGGAUCGAUUGAAGGCCAAGCUGAUCUCUGCCUGGAACAAUGUCAAAUACGGCUGGUCAGUCAAAUCAAAGACCAGUUUCAACAAGACUUCUCCUCUGACCCUUCUGGGCCAAACCUACCUGCUCAACCAUGAAGAUGAAGUAGCGCGCUUCAGCCAGGCCUUUGUGUCGCUACUCUGGCUGACGUACCGCCGGGAGUUCCCGCAGCUCGAGGGAUCCACGUGGACGACGGACUGCGGCUGGGGUUGCAUGCUGCGCAGUGGUCAGAUGCUGUUGGCCCAAGGCCUGCUGCGCCACCUGCUUCCUCCAGGUUGGACUUGGAUGGGUGUCCACCAGCUCACCGAUGUGGACAUUGAGGUGCUGAAACCUUGUUCCCCAUCUCGGAGCAGUGCUGUCUCCUUCCCUUCCUUCCCCCCUUCUCGAGUGCCUCCGCAGUCCCUUUGGGGCCGUGGCAGUGGGGCCUUGACGGUAACUGAGGCACCAAGGCGACCCCAGAGGAGAUCUGCUGAGACCAGCCGGGACCGGCAGAUGGAUGCCACACACCGGCGUCUAGUAUCUUGGUUCGGGGAUCACCCCUAUGCACCAUUUGGGGUCCACCAGCUAGUGGAGCUUGGCAAGAGUUCGGGAAAGAAGGCUGGGGACUGGUACGGUCCCUCUAUUGUCGCACACAUACUACGAAAAGCAGUGGCUAAAACCUCUGAAGUUCCAAAUCUGGCAGUUUAUGUAGCUCAGGACUGUACUGUAUAUAAGGAAGAUGUAAUGCGCCUCUGUGACCCAUCCCUCUUGGAGGACUUGUCUGGGCAGAGCUCAGGCUGGAAGUCCGUCAUCAUCCUGGUCCCUGUUCGCCUGGGUGGCGAGUCGCUAAACCCGGCCUAUAUUGAAUGUGUCAAGAACAUCCUCAGGUUAGAGUGCUGUAUCGGAAUCAUCGGUGGGAAACCAAAGCACUCGUUGUUCUUCGUGGGCUUCCAAGAUGAACAACUACUCUACUUGGACCCACACUACUGUCAGUCUGUGGUGGACGUCACUCAAGACAACUUUCCACUGGAGUCGUUUCACUGUCAAUCUCCAAGAAAAAUGAGCUUCAGUCGUAUGGACCCCAGCUGCACCAUUGGAUUCUAUGCCAAGAAUCAGAAGGACUUUGAUUCACUGUGCAUCGCUGUUAGUGGGGCACUGUCCUCCUCGUCUGAGGAGAAGUACCCAAUCUUCACCUUCGUGGAUGGCCAGGGGCAUGACUAUGGGCUGGAGGGACAAAGCGAGGUCCCGCAUGGCCUCCCAGCCCAUAUCCUGCCCCCAGGAAGGCUGAAACGGGCCAGCAAGAAGAGCAGCAUGGAUGAGUUUGUCUUUCUGUGAGGCACUGCAAGGAAACUGAACUUAUGGCCAUCCUUUCACUCGCAACAUAUAUUUGCAAAAAAAAUGCCCCCCCCGGAAGCGGAAAGCUAAAGACAUUUAUAUUUUAUUAUGUCAAGUUUAAGCUUUGGUUUCCUUCCAGAUCAGCCAUAGUGUCUGCUGGGAGAGUUUAUUUGUAGGGUUUAGUAGUCUCACAAAGACUAUUUUCAAAUCGAUAAUUUAAACACUGGAUGUGGAACAAAGUUUCCCCCAUGCCCAAGCAAGCAUAUUUUAGCUUUUAGCUUUCUCAACUUGCUUGGGUUUCCCUUUUUUUUUUUUUAUUUUUUUUUUUUAAAAUAAACUUUAUGUGCACUUGCCAUAAAAGCACCAAAUUAUUCUACAUCUUACUGUUGACAUGAUCAUGUUUAAACACUAAAGCUGUAUGGGCGACACUAGUCAUUGCACUGUGAUUAGUUGAGUUCAGCAAAUCAGGCUCCAUUUGAGGUUUAAACUUGAGCACACUUGGUUUGUUACAUGCCAUUCUGCACUAGAUAAUGAUCCAGAAGGUCAAAGAUUAUUCUGUUAAAUUUUUGACUUGUUUUAAUUUAAAAGCUGUUUUGUCGUUUGAAUUUGACUUUAAAUGUAUGGCCCAUAAAAUGUUCACACUGCUGAGAUGUUAGUCUGUAUGCAUGUGUCCAUAAGCCGUGACUUUAGUCUAAUCAUAAAUGUCAAAAGAUUUUUUUUUUUUUUUUUUUUUUUUUAAAGUUGGAUUUAUCGUACAUUGUUUUACAUAGCUUGUUGUAUAUCUUGCUAUGAAUGUUCUUGAUGGGAUGCCGAACACAAGUUUUUGAAUGAUUCAAGAAUUAUUGGUAGUGGUCUUAAGUGUUGUUUGGGUUUCCUAUGGGAAAGGGUGCGCAACCGUUUCUCAUGUUCAUUGCUGUGUAGUUUAACACUGCUGUUUUGUCACUACACAUGAUCUCAGUAGAUGCCUGAAAUGCUGUAAUUGUAUUACCUUCUCCCACACACCUGUUUGUGUGAGAAUCCCAAUCAAAGGGGCAAAGCAGCACUUGCUCCCAAGAGCCUUUUUUUGUUUUUUUUCCUCCCUCUCCUCUCUCUCCCCGUCUCAAAAUCGAACUUCAGAAGAAAAUACACUAAAGCUAUUGGGACAACAGUGUUGUGCCACCAUGCAAGACAGUGGUUAGGAGUUCAUGGACUUCAGCAGGUCAGUGUUUGUACUUGGAACAUCCUGAGAUGUUCCACACCAGUUACCUCUCUUCGUCACUGAUGCUGUCAGCAGUUUCUGCCACGCUAAGAAGGCCAUUGGUUCCCCUGGCUGAACAACGGUGGUAAAGGUGCUUUUCAGCUUUCAAGGGAAGUAUUGGGAUUCCUUAGACCAGCAGGGGUUUGCUGUUGACAACUGAGCUGCAAUUAAAAAAUGAACUGCUGUCUGUUUGUCUUUGGCAUUGCAAGCUUCUUCUGUUCAUGUACAGGGGUGGUACUCUAUCCUCAAAGGGAUUUUUAUUUCUGUCUAGAGUAUGUUUAAUUUGUCACGUACUGCACCGAUGCUCAAAGUUAAGGAGCAUAUUUGAAGAAAAAAAAAAAUUGGCCUGAGUCUGUACUU